AUGACGUCAUAAAGGAAGUUGACUCCAUAGUCUGACAGAAUAAGAAGUCACCUGUCGUUGUUUACAUUUUUACAACAACAAAGUCUUGAAGAAAGAAGAUGAAGUUCAAGUUUAGAGAAGAGCAUACUUUUGAGCAGAGACAGGCAGAAUCAACAAAGAUCAGAGACAAAUACCCAGAAAGAAUUCCUGUCAUCGUAGAGAAAGAUCCAAAAUCUCAGAUUCAGGACAUAGAUAAGCGGAAGUUUUUGGUUCCCAAUGAUAUCUCUGUGGCUCAGUUUAUGUGGAUUAUUAGAAAGAGGAUUCAGCUGCCCUCGGAGAAAGCUAUAUUUCUGUUUGUAGGCAAGGUCUUACCCCAGUCCAGUGCAAGUAUGGGUCAGGUGUAUGAGGAACAUAAGGAUGAAGAUGGUUUUCUAUAUAUCGCAUACAGUGGAGAGAAUACGUUUGGAAUGUGAACUCUUGAUACAUCAGCAAAAUUUUCCAUCAUGACAUUGUUCUCUAUUUAAUUUUUUUUUUCAUUUCAUUAUACAUUUACAUCAGUUUACAAGUAUGAUAUAAAAAUAUGCUAAUUAUUUCACAAAUAUAAAUGUAAU